AUGUCCCAGUCGCACGUCUACUCUCAGAACGAGCCCCAGAUUGUGACCGCGUACCUUUCCGGUGCUGAAGGUCACCCGGCCGCUCCUCCCACAGCUUAUCUCCCGGCGGAGACGCAGUCCUCGUCACAGCGACACAGCGGCGCCGACCACAACGGGAUUGCUGAGUUCCCCUCGUCGGAACGAGCCUCCGUUCACACUGCCACCUCGAGACCGUAUCCCUCCGAUUCGUGGGACUCCUCUUACCCGCAAUCUAAUCGCCAUUCCAUCCAGCCGUCUGUGAAACCUGUAUCCCGUCCCGAUCUCGAACCCACUGCGGCUCCAGUGGCUUCCGUAUCCUCGGCAUAUCUCGAGGGAAAUCCCAUUUUAUCCUCCUACGGUAACGGAGCCGCGCGCAAAGAGGACCGUAUCCGAGGGAGCUGGACCGAUCAUUCAUCAUACAUGUCGGGAGACGAGCGUAAUCCCAAUGUUGCUCGUGCUCAGAAACGAGAAACCCAUGGUGGUGAUUUUUUGUCAGAUGACGGCGAGGAUGCCGUGCUGAUGCUGUUCCGGAUGUCUCUUCCUAUUCCCGUUUUCUCAUCUCUCGCCUCUAUCUAUACUGUCUUCGGACUACUAUUUACUCUUUUCACCUUGCCUCUUCGGCUCUGUUCCUGCGUGCCGUAUUUGCGGAAGACUUCGUUACGUACACAAUUGUGCGACCUCUUGGUCCCGCAAUUACACAUCCAUGAGCGGUUGAUCGGCCUCAGGCCGCCAUCAGUCUAUAAUGACGGCGAACAAUCAUCUGUCGGUGAAAUCGGCGAAGGCUACUCAGUCGGUGGUCUAAUAAUGGUGCUUUUGCUAUCGUCGUUCAUGUCGUUUGGCCUGCUCCUUCUCGCAUGGAUCGCAGCAUUCUUCUGGGUUUUCGCCAUGAUGCUUGGUAACCCUGACGGGACGGAACGAAAGGACGACGGCCGAGCAGCUGUAUUGGGCGUUUCCAGAUGGUGGCAAAUCUGGCUUAGCAAAGCCCGUUCGCCCUCUGGGUGA